GAGACAGGGUUUCUCUGUGUAGUUUUGGUGCCUGUCCUGGAUCUCGCUCUAUAGACCAGGCUGGCCUCGAACUCACAGAGAUCCAUCCGCCUGGCUCUGCCUGCUGAGUGCUGGGAUUAAAGGCAUGCGCCACUGCCAUCUGGCUUGAGACCCUGUCUUAAAGAAAGGAAAAGAAACGGCCCUUCAUCUAUCUUGGCUGAACAGCCUCCCCUGCUCCAGGAUUAAAGGGCUGCACAACCACACCUGGUUCUAAAAUGUUUUUAUUUUUAUUACUUUUAAUUGUGUGUCUGUGUGUGGGAAAUGUGCACCCUAUUGCAGAUACCCACCGAGUCCAGACACCCCUGGAGCUGUGAAGUGGGUGCUGGAGAUUGAACCUGGGUCCUCUGGAAGUGCUCUUAACUGCUGAGCUAUCUCUCUAGGCCCCUAGGGCUCUCUGGUUUUUCCUGGCACCUCAGCCUAGCAUCCCUUCCUUGUAGGGCUCACAGCAGAGUCCUUUGAGUUCAUCAGAGUAUCAUCUAGGCUGCUGCUUCCUGAUGCACCCUCAAAGCAGCCAGCCGGUCCUCCCCUCCUCCCUGUCCCGCCACGCCCCUUCCUUCCUAGCACCCAGAGCUAGUCACAGUGGUCUUGUCAAGCUGUGGUAUCAUGCUGUCCUUCAGGGCCACAGUCACAGUCAGUUAAUCUGGUGGGUUUCCUAAUGUGGCCAAGGACAGAGACCAGACUUGGGUUAGGAGAGAGAAAAAGUGAGACCUGAGUGUGGUGUCACGAGCAGGCAUGGGUUCCACCUGCAAGCCCUGAGCUCUACAGAAGUUCUCCUAACUCUGCCUAUUAGGAUUCUUGGGUCUGCUUUGGUCUACAGAGUCUUCUGUGGGGGUUGGGACCAGGAUGGAGGCUUCCCUGCAUACAAGGCCUUGGCUCCCACCACCCAUCUGUUCUUGUUUACAGAUGGGGGAGGUAGGACAAGAUGUUGGGACUGUGUUCUCCAAGCUCAAAUGCAGAUGUUCUGGACUCUGUGCUGCUCAUUCUGAGUGUCAGCUUAUCCCUGGGUGCUUGCCCCGAGAAGGACUGAACAUACCCUAUAACUGACCCCUCUAACUUGGUGCAGUUCUGUCCCUAGGAGGUAUGGGCUUGCAAGUGCCACGAAUUCUAUUUUCUUUUCCGAGGUGGUCUCAGCUUGGAGGGGUAAGCCUAGCUUGGAGAAUAGCUCAGACUCAACAAGGGGCCCCCGAGAGUCCUUUUCCUUUGUUCUGGAAACCAAACCAAGAGGGGUUCUCAGCCCAUGCUGCUGUCUGGUACUGCCCUCCACGAGGCUGGACUUCCCUAAAGCAUGGCUUGUACCUGCUCUGCUUCUUUCUGCCAUGACUUUUCCUGCUCCUCUGUCUACCAAAGGGCCCUCCUAGCUUGGCUGCCUACGGAAGGCGGAAGAGAACCCCGCCAGGGAGGUAGGUGAUCAGGAGCCUGAGGAAGGCCUCCAGCCUAAGAAAUUCUCUACUAAGUUGAACACGGCAAAGCCAUAAGGGUGGGGUAUGUGUGUGUGUGGGUUCUCCUGGCAACAAGUGUGUGCCUGCGACACACUAAUGUAGGCAAUGCAUGUGUGCUGAGACAGGAACCUGGGCAGAGAACAGUCGUCUGCUGUAGACACACACAUUAAUGUAUGCACUGACCUCUUCAGAUGGACGACCAAUACACACACUCCUAGGCUGAUUUUGACAUUAGAUUAGGUUCCUUUCUGAGACAGGCUUGAGCUUGUCUUAUUGUGUUAAGAGGCUGAGGCAGGAGGAUUGCAGCUUGGGCCACAUAGCUGCUAAACCCUAUCUUAAAGAUCAGAAGUGGGCGUGGAAGAGUUUUGUUUCUGCCUGCACAGGAAAGGGCUGGUGGAGACACCGAAAGCCCCUGAUGUCAAAGAAUAUUUCCAUAGAGAACACCCCAGGCUUGACUUCUACCCCACCCAGCUUGGCCCCAGGUUCCAGCUAGUUAUGGACUUGUCAUCUGAGCCCAGGCAGAGCCGAUGGUUUUGUAGGCUAUUUUUAAGUCCAGCUCCUUGGACUACACCCCACCCCCAGUUCUACUACUGGUCACCUGCCCCUGCCUGCACCUCCUGGAAUGCUGAUUGGCAGUUAGGGCUGGGGUGGGGGCUGGGAAAACUGUUAUAAAGCUGAAGGGGCUAAGCAAGCUGCUGUCACCUGGAACGCCUCUGUCUCCUGCCAUCAUGAACACCCACCGUGUAGUAAUGGUUCGCCAUGGUGAGAGCUUAUGGAACCAAGAGAACCGUUUCUGUGGCUGGUUUGAUGCAGAACUAAGUGAGAAGGGGGCUGAGGAGGCCAAGCAGGGGGCCAAUGCCAUCAAAGAUGCCAAAAUGGAGUUUGACAUCUGCUACACAUCGGUGCUCAAGCGGGCUAUCCGUACCCUUUGGACCAUCCUGGAUGUUACGGACCAAAUGUGGCUGCCUGUGGUGCGUACCUGGCACCUCAAUGAGCGGCAUUAUGGGGGCCUCACAGGCCUCAAUAAGGCGGAGACAGCUGCAAAGCACGGGGAGGAGCAGGUGAAGAUCUGGAGGCGUUCCUUUGACACCCCGCCACCCCCCAUGGACGAGAAACACCCCUACCACAAUACCAUCAGCAAGGACCGGCGUUAUGCGGAUUUGAAGCCUGGGGAGCUGCCUACCUGUGAGAGCCUCAAGGACACCAUUGCCCGGGCCCUGCCCUUCUGGAACGAGGAGAUAGUGCCCAAGAUUAAGGCUGGCAAAAGAGUGCUUAUUGCCGCUCAUGGAAACAGCCUUCGAGGCAUUGUGAAGCAUCUAGAAGGGAUGUCAGAUCAGGCUAUCAUGGAACUGAACCUGCCCACGGGAAUCCCCAUCGUGUAUGAGCUGGACCAGGCGUUGAAGCCUACCAAGCCCAUGAGGUUCCUGGGAGACGAAGAGACAGUUCGCAAGGCCAUGGAAGCUGUUGCCGCCCAGGGCAAGGCAAAGUGAGGGUGGACGUGGGCAAUAAAGUUACUUCUGCAGUGCCAAGCUUAGCACGGCCAGGCCUGGUCUGCACAGCUCGACUCUUAAGUCACGAGGACUCCCAGGUCCAGGGUUGCAGCUACACCUAAGCCAACAUCAGUGCAGGCAGAAGUCCAGGAUCCAUCUCUGGCUAUUUGGGGCUAAAUCAGGACUCUGCAUACCCUCUGUAGUGUGACCAAUCCCCUGUAGUGACCCUGCGGCUCCAGAAUCACUUGGUUGUAUUAGGGAGAAAAGCAAUGUGAUCUGGUCUUCUCCAUGAGAAACAGGAAGUGUGACUCUUCACCAGCUUCCUUCAGGGUGGCUUUCUGCUAUCCCUGUGACCUCGUAAAUGGCAUGCUAAGUGUACCUCCCAGCCAGGACAAGCCUACUAGACUAGGCCUCCAGACCAAACUCAUGGGCCUCCAUGGCCUACUGUGGUCACCACAAAGCCUAAGGAUAGGCAGGAGAUGGGGAGGAAGUAGGUUGGACCACAGCCUGGUGCUUCCCCUGGGCACCUUCACGCCAGGCUGCUAGUGGCUAAGUCUGGGAGUCAAGUACGUCCACCCAGCAUCUCCAGGCAGAUGAGUGCUGGACCAACUGUGCAGCAGUGGCCUCUUCUAGAACUGAAAUGCAGGAAGGCUCCGACAUCAGUUACAUCUUAUUUAUAUACCCCGCCCCUCUUUUUGAGACUGAGACUCUAUGUAGCUCUGGCUGUCCAGGAACUAUAAAGACUAGGCUGGCUUUGAACUCACAGAGAUGCACCUGCCUCUGCCUCAUAUACCACCAUGCCUGGCUCAUUACAGGAGGCUAAACAGCCAGAGUCUGUCUGAGGGUACAUAAUGUGUAAACACACAUCUGCACGC